AUGGCAGCAAAAAGUGAGAAAAUGGACAUUACUGACAGUGAGGAUGCGGAAAAAGACUUUCUAAAGUCAGUAACCAGUCUAGACGAUAGUUUGGACAAUUCCAUUGACAGUUUACAGGGCAGUCUUACUUUACCAACAUUUACAAUGGGCCAGUCCGGUGAAUUAACUGGAAGUCAAGGAUUUCAAAUUGUUGGAGAUAGGAACUUGACUCUUUCACAGAGAAGUAAUGAAUCUAGCUCCCAGAGACCAGUGCAAAUAGGAAUAAAUCAUUCCAGUGGUUCAGAAUCUGGAUUUGCAUUAAUCCAGAGUCAUGUGACUUCUGAUGUAAGUCAUGUGACUCCAACUUUAGGUCAUGUGACCACUGGUGUAAAUUUGCAAGGCAAUACAUUGAUAUUUCAAAGUAGCCAAUUAAGUGCUUUAAACAUGAUGCAAAAUGCAAACCAAUACCAAAUAGUAAUACCAAGUGUUACAAAAGACAUAAAUAUAAGCCAGCAGUUGGCAGGAAAUGUUGCUAAAUGUGAUGUUAAUGAAUUAAGUAAUACUGGUGAAGUAUUUGAAGCCGUUAACCCCGAUGAAAAACCAGGCAGGUGUAAAACUUCUCCAAAACAUCGUGGGCGGAAAAGUAGGUCUACAUCUUCUACAGGGAAUGAAAUGACAAUCAAGUUAGAGGCAGCACCUGGACCUUCACCUUGCCGUAUGGAUUCCAGUGAUUCACUACAACCUGGUGGUGGAGAUGUGGGAUUCAAACCGUCACUCCUUGAUGAAAUACUUACUGAAAAGAAACAGGCAUUAAUGAAGUCACCAGAUGUGAUCCGCUUCCUUCAAGCUCAACAACAACAACAAACUAGGGAGAAAUGUGCUGAACGUUUACAGUCCAAGAACUCUUGAUGAAAAUACAAUUUUAGAGCCCCAAAUAUGCAUUCUGUGAAUUAUUCAUCAACAACAUUCCUGUAAAAAGUGCCCCCCUAUCAGAUUUAAUGUACAUGUAAUAUAGAUAACCAGUGCAAACAUUAAUUUUUUGACAAAAACUUGUGAAAUCCUAGUGAAGGAUCUACUGUGGUCAAGUUGUAAACAUCGCUGGCAUAGA